UUGAUUCCUGCCUUGUAGCUUUUUGAAAGACCAGAGUUCAGCAUCAUUAGUGAAACAUCGCUGCAGCCUGACUAUAUACCACAGCAAAGGCUUUUCAGAUCUUUUUCAGUUCGAACAAUAAUGACUUUCUUGGACUGUAAUCUCAGCAGAACAUGUUUUCCCUGUAGCCUGAAAGAAUAUCCAGCCAUAAUCAGCAAUUCUGCAGAGACCUUAUAGAAACCACGUUAAUUGAACAACUGUGACUCUGGGUUGGACAGGGGGAACAUAUCAACUUACCAUCUAGAAGAUUCAACCACUGCUACUCAGAUCUGCUGCUGAAAUACCAUGUCUAAGAACUCAGAGUUCAUCAACCUGUCAUUUUUAUUAGAUCAUGAGAAGGAAAUGAUCCUGGGAGUCCUAAAGAGAGAUGAAUAUUUGAAAAAAGUGGAAGACAAGAGAAUAAGGAAACUGAAAAAUGAACUUUUAGAAGCAAAGCGUAGAAGUGGAAAGACUCAACAAGAGACCAACAGAGUCUGUGUUCACUGUCAGAAAAGCCUAGGCCUAAUCUUUGACCGGGGAGAUCCAUGCCAGGCCUGCUCGCUCAGGGUGUGCAGUGAGUGUCGGGUCAUGGGCCUCGAUGGCAACUGGAAGUGCACUGUCUGUGCCAAAGUCGCGCAGCUAAGGAUCAUAACUGGAGAAUGGUUCUUUGAAGAAAAGGCAAAGCGUUUCAAGCAAGUCAAUGUUCUGGGAACUGAUGUUGUUCGACAAUCCAUCUUAAGAAGAAUUCCAGGGUCUGAAGAAAUACAAAACCAAGAGCAAGUUGGCAAAGAUGUAGAAAAGUCUGAUUCUUCAUCUUCUGGUGGGCAGAAAGCUAGUCAUGAUGCACCCAAGAGGAAGGGGUUUAUUCUUAGCAAGUUCAGAUCAGCAACCAGGGGAGAAAUCAUCACUUCAAAACCUGCAAGCGGGAGAAGCUACAGCUUGGACUUAGACAGCCAAAAUGUUCGGAGCUUAAAAUCAGCCCUCUGCUCAGACUGGGGAAGUGCCGGCUCCUCCAACGUCAUCGAUCAGGAGAAUGCACCAGGAACAUCAAAAAGCACCCGCAGCAAUGGUGUCACUCAGAGGUCACCGGCCCCAAGUGCUCGCAGUGUAACCUCCAUCAACAGUAGAGAUCAUGGUUUUGAAAAUUCCAUGGCUUUGGCUGCCCCUGAAAGCACCACAGAGGAGCUCAAAAGCAAUCACCGCAGAAACACAUCAGGAACACCGUCCAUAGCAGUGUCUGGGGCCUCCCUGUCCUCAGACCCAAGUCCAUCUGAGUUAGAUUUGAGUGAGUCGUUUACAGAAGACUUGGAGGAUACUUUAAGCAUAAGAACUAGGUCUGUUCCUGGAGCGUCAGACAGAGAUUUGAAUUCCUUAGAAGAGACUGAAGAAGGUGUUGAUGACUUGGUGUCCUCCGGGUUUUCUGCAAAUACCCACAGUCUGGCAAGUGGCCUGUCAACCAAUUCUCAUGCAGGAUCUGAUAGGAAGAGGACCUAUCUAAAUGUUCCUGAUGCUGAUUCAGACACUACCAGCCUUAACAGCAUGAUGAGUGUUUACAGUGAAACAGGAGACUAUGGCAAUGUGAAGGUCAGUGGAGAAAUCCUUUUACAUAUCAGCUACUGCUACAAAACUGGAGGGCUGUACAUUUUUGUCAAGAAUUGCAGAAAUCUGGCCAUAGGCGAUGAAAAGAAACAGAGAACAGAUGCUUAUGUGAAGUCAUACCUUCUUCCAGACAAGUCCCGAAACAAUAAGCGCAAAACUAAAAUCAGAACAGGAACCAAUCCAGAAUUCAAUGAAACAUUAAAGUACACCAUCAGCCAUACGCAGCUGGAAACAAGAACUCUGCAGCUUUCAGUCUGGCACUAUGAUCGGUUUGGACAUAACAGUUUCCUUGGAGAGGUGGAGAUUCCUUUUGACUCAUGGAACUUUGAAAAUCCAUGUGAUGAGUGGUUUGUACUUCAGCCCAAGGUGGAGUUUGCUCCUGAUAUUGGUCUUCAAUACAAAGGAGAACUGACAGUUGUUUUACGUUAUAUUCCCCCAGAGGAGACCCUGAUGCUUUCACUAGGACAACCUAAAGGAAAGAAGACCUUUAAAAAGGGCAAGAAGAAAGAGGCACCUGUAAUUUCCGGAGGAAUACUUGAAGUGUUCAUCAAAGAAGCAAAGAAUUUGACAGCAGUGAAAUCAGGAGGCACUUCAGACAGUUUCGUGAAGGGCUACCUGCUCCCUGAUGAUAACAAAGCCACCAAGCACAAGACUGUUGUCAUAAAAAAGAGUGUUAAUCCUCAGUGGAACCAUACAUUCAUGUUCAGCGGCCUGUAUCCUCAGGAUAUAAAGAAUGUUUGCCUAGAACUUACCGUCUGGGACAAGGAGGCCUUUUCCAGCAACAUCUUUCUAGGAGGAGUCCGUUUGAAUUCUGGAAGUGGUGUGAGCCAUGGGAAAAGUGUGGACUGGAUGGACUCUCGGGGUGAAGAGCAGCGCCUUUGGCAGAGGAUGGUCGACAAUCCCGGAAAAUCUGUUGAGGGAGUUCUCAUGCUCCGUUCCAGCAUGGCAAAAUUAAGGCUCUGAAGGGAUCAAUUCUCUAAGAACUAGGCCUCUGGGUGCCUGCCAUUUUAUAUCAGUAGAAGGCUGUGACCUUGAAUUCUGUUUCCUUGUCUUUUCCCACCUAAGGGUUUUAAGACUUAAAGGCAGAGAUUUUAGUACUGUGAACAUUUAGGGUCCUGUUGAAUGCCUGAAAAAACCCAUGUACUUCUUCUGUAUGUCCACUAACUCUGGUGUCCCUGGUUGGACAAUAGGAAGUAUACCAUAGCAUCCUACCAAUAAGCAAACUGCAAUGGACCAUAGGCUUUGUAGUGACAGCAAUGACACAAACUUAUUUGAAACUAUUAUUGAGAUUGGGGGUUACUAAUUUUUUUUUCUAACUGCAUUGAGAUAUCGAAAAGCAGUUUGAGAAGAAGAUGAUAGAUUGUUUUUAAAUGAAAACAAAAAGAGAUACUGUCUACGUUUUGCUUACCCUAGGAAUGCUUGUGAUACAAAGAUGACACAAUAGGGAUGGUUUGGGGGAAUGGAGUAGAGUCCUGUUACAAUGACAAACUUCAGGUUUGAGAAGGUAACGUUUCAAGAUGGACUGACAGGACUUUUGUGGUAAUUAUAGAAUAUAUCACCUAGUUCAGCCUCCUUUUCAAGGCAAACAGAGACAUAUUACACCAGAAAAAAAACAGACAUAAAGGGUCAAUCAGUAUAUCUUUUCACAUUCUGUACUCUGAGACUAACUAAUGAAAUGGGGGAUACUCUGCCUGCUGUCUUUCUUGUGCCCUGACAUAGGAGAGAGUGAGGGAUUCUGUUUUUUCUUCUCUUUAUCCAAGUUCUUAUCUCCUUUUUGUAGUGGUUAGUUAUUGCCAUAAUAAUGCUAAAUAACAAACCACCCCAAAGAUCAAUGACUCAAAAAUAAGAAUCAUUUUUCUCAUGACUUUGAAGGUUGGCUAGGGAAGCCCCGCUUCCUACUACCAGCCUGAGGGUCUAGGUCAGAUGCUUAUGUAUCAUCUCUUUGGACCAAAAGAAUAGCCUGAUCUUGGUGAUAGCAGAAGUGUUAUUAGAUAAGUCCUUCUGCUCAACUACAUAAAUGUGCCAUGUCCUGUUGGUCAAAGGAAAGUCAUAUGGCUAUGUCCAAAAUCAAAAAACAAGGAAAUGUGCCCUGUCCACAUUGACACCAUGAUAAACAUGAGAAUGCAGGUGAAAGAAACAGUGAUGAACAGAGUCUAUUAUAUCUCCUGUCACCUGGGUGCUUAAGCCAUCAAAUUUACAUACAAAGGCAGUUAAAGCUAGAAGGGAUGUCAAGCCUGGUUCCUUAUUUUCUGGGUCUAAACCUGGGGUUCAGAGAUCUGAGAUGAUUUGCUCAAAGUCACGUGGAGGCCAUGAGAAAAAUAUGGACUUGACAUCAAAGAAACUUUGACACAACUCUAUGCUUAUAGAAGUAGAUAGAAGGCCAUAUGUCCAAGAAGAUAUAUCAGUGUCUGAUUAUUUAAACACAACCAUAUACGGCCAAGCCAGAUAUGAUACACACUUGUAUUCCAAGCACUUAGAAGGUGGAAGCAGAACACUUCAGGGCUCAAAACCAGCCUCAGUUACAUAGAGAAUUUGAAAUCAGUCUGAGUUACAUAGCAAGAACAUGUCUCAACCUUACCCAACAAGAUAUACAUGAUCCAGAUAUGUUCUGGAGGCAAAUUCAAGCUCCCAUAGCUCAUUAUUUUUAUUUAAACACAUAUAAAAUCCUUCAAAGUAAGUGAAUGUUGGUAGCUGGAGAACCAAAAUCAUGUUCCGGCUCAUUUUAGAUAGUUGCUCCACAUUUUUAUAUAUCUUUUUAAAAUUUGAAAACUGAUUUAAGAAUAUAGUUAAUAUUCUUCAUAGUAAAGGAAUAAGCAAACCAUUUUCAACACUGCUCAAAAAUAGGCCAUCUACAGAAAAAUCAAGUUAUCAGUCUAACAUGGCUUAGUAAGUAUGGUACUUUUAAAAGAAUGACAUAUUGUUAUGCUGUCCUUAAAAACAGUAAACAAAAUACUCUAUGAUUAGCACUGCUUCUCACAUUAUAAAAAUAAGUUGUCUUCAAAUGUGGUAUGACUCAUAUUGUCUUCAAUGGCAUUUUAGGGGAAGUGAGAGGGUGGUGAUGGUGAAGUCUAUCUCUGGU